UUCAUCCAUUUUCCACGGCAAUAACGAAAGACAUGAAGUGACUGCGUGAGCAGGAGCUGGUUCUCUGUUGUCCCAGCCUCACACCCGCACCACGCCAGACAUGCAGGGAGCCCGGGCGCUUCUGCUGCUGCUGCUGCUGCUGGCCCUGACGCUACGGCCGACCCAUGGCAUCAUCCCAGUGGAGGAGGAGAACCCGGCCUUCUGGAACCAAAAAGCAAACGAGGCCCUGACGGCUGCUAAGAAGCUGCAGCCCAUUCAGACGGCAGCCAAGAACCUCAUCCUCUUCCUGGGGGACGGGAUGGGGGUGCCCACAGUGACCGCCACCAGGAUCCUGAAGGGGCAGAUGCAGGGCCACCUGGGGCCAGAGACGCCUCUGGCCAUGGAUCGAUUGCCGUACAUGGCGCUGUCCAAGACGUACAGUGUGGACAGGCAGGUGCCGGACAGCGCAAGCACAGCCACGGCCUACCUGUGCGGGGUCAAGACCAACUACAAGACCAUCGGAGUGAGCGCUGCCGCCCGCUUCGACCAGUGCAACACAACCUGGGGCAACGAGGUCAUCUCCGUGAUGUACCGGGCCAAGAAAGCAGGGAAGUCUGUGGGAAUUGUGACCACCACCAGGGUCCAGCACGCCUCGCCAGCAGGCACCUAUGUCCACACCGUGAACCGCAACUGGUACUCGGACACUGACAUGCCCGCCUCAGCGCGCCAGGAGGGCUGCCAGGACAUCGCCACGCAGCUCAUCUCCAACAUGGACAUUAAUGUGAUCCUGGGCGGGGGCCGGAAAUACAUGUUCCCCAGCGGGACCCCAGACCCCGAGUACCCAGAUGAUGCUAACUCAAUGGGAGUCAGGCUGGACGGGAAGAACCUGGUGCAGGAGUGGCUGUCGAAACACCAGGGCUCUCGGUACUUGUGGAACCGCACAGAGCUCCUGCAGGCGUCCCAGGACCCCUCGGUAACAUAUCUCAUGGGCCUCUUUGAGCCCGUGGACACGAAAUUCGAGAUCUACCGAGACCCUGAGCUGGACCCCUCCCUGGCGGAGAUGACAGAGGCAGCCGUGCGCGUGCUGAGCAGGAACCCCGACGGCUUCUACCUCUUCGUGGAGGGGGGCCGCAUCGACCGUGGUCACCAUGAGGGCUCAGCCUACCGCGCACUGCACGAGGCUGUCAUGUUCGACAAUUCCAUCGACAAGGCGGGCCAGCUCACCCGCGAGCAGGACACCCUGACCCUCGUCACCGCGGACCACUCCCACGUCUUCACGUUUGGGGGCUACACCCUGCGGGGGACCUCCAUCUUCGGGCUGGCCCCCCGCCUGGCUGAGGACGGCAAGACCUACACCUCCAUUCUGUACGGCAACGGCCCCGGCUACAUCGGGGACAAAGGACCCCGGCCCAACGUCACUGCGGAGGAGAGCGGCGACCCCAACUACCUGCAGCAGGCGGCCGUGCCAGUGCAUUCGGAGACCCACGGCGGCGAGGACGUGGCGGUGUUCGCGCGUGGCCCGCAGGCGCACCUCAUGCACGGCGUGCAGGAGCAGAACUACAUCGCGCACUUCAUGGCCUUCGCCGGCUGCCUGGAGCCCUACACCGCCUGCGGCCUGCCGCCGCCCAGCCGGAGCAGUGACCAGAGCGAUGACAGGAGCAGCGCUGCCCCUGGCCUCUCGCUGUCUCUGGCCUGGACACUGGUGCUGCUGCUGUCCCGACCCUGGUUCCUGUGCCCCUUCCUAGUUGUUCCUGAUCCCCUCCCCCAUUGGGCCCCAAUCCGCACCUCGGGCUGCCACACCAGGGCCCCUACAGGGUUUUCCACCGAGCGGUCCACAGCUGGAUUCUUGCUUGGGACCCAGCGGGCCCUGCCCCAGAGCCCCCCAGGCUGA